AUGAGAACACGCACAGUUGGUGGACUCCAAUCACUGGAGGUGCAAAUAUCCCUGCACUUAAUAAUCCUUCUUGCAUCUUUUGGAAUUGCAUUUGGAGACAAGAUUCUGAAUGGGGAUUUCAGUAUUGACGGUGAGCAGAGUCGAUACGCUUCUGGAACGAACAUAGCUAGGUUUCCUGCUGGUGGGUUUUUGCACAGUUUUCCUUUACUAGACAGCUCUGAGAGUGGCGCUACACAGAAUCUACAACAAACUGGGUCCUCGAAGGUACAUAGGAUGCUAAAGUUGCAGGAGGCAGUGGACAGGCUGAAAGGAAGAUGUUCAAACCCGCUUGUGGAUCAGACCAAAGCAGCAGCUGUGAGCAUUGAGUGGGAAACAUUCGGAAACGGUGUUGGAAGCUUGAACCCUCCUCCUCCAGCUUCUCCUUCUGCUAAUGUAACUCAAGAUUGGGAGAAAUUUGACUGA